AUGGUAGUCAAUCGCCGGCUCACGGCCGAGUCGCUCAGUGAAUGUCCCAAGCGAAGCCCUGUAGUACCAAACUACAAUGGCGAAUAUGGCUUAUACACAGUUUCGACGCAUGAAAUCGGCAGCGGCACUACCAAAAAAGUCUGCGUGAUGCAAUUUGCCGAUAACCAGUCGGUCCAACUAACUGACGACGCCAACGUGCACGACGCCUGCUGGAUCCCGCUCACCAACGAUGUCCUCUACCUCAGGUCGACGGAGCAUGGAUCGACAGAAGUAUGUUAUACAAGAAGUUUUGGCAAGAGUAAUUUCAAGAUUGCCGAGUUUGAUGCAGCUUUGACAAGCCUCAAACUUAAAUCACUUGGGAACGGGACGGUAGUCUUCAUGGUGGCUGGUCUGUCUGACGGCGACGGCAUGCUGUACAAUGAAACCACGGACAAGAAGCCAGACUCUGGCCGGCUCUUUAAGACCUGGCACGUUCGCAUUUGGAACGAACUGUACCGUGAGCAGCGAUACAGUCUCUGGUACAAUGUCUUGCGACAGACCAGCAACCGAAAGUGGGAGCUUCCCGAGAUUCUUCACAAUCUUGUCCUGGAAGACACCAUCGAGGCUCCGUAUGGCAUGUACAUGGCCGGCUUCACCCGGGCCGUGGACAACUUUGACAUUUCCAGCUGCGGCGUGGCCUUUGUCGGCAGAGACUUGUCCAAAAAGUCGCCGCAGCAGAGCGACAACUCGUAUCCGUACCAUGUCGCCAUUGACUCGUACACGCUGCCGCCGGCGCAGAAGCCACUGCCCAUCUCGGUGCCGCCCAAUCUCGAGGGCCAGGCUACGUGCAUCCGUACGUCUCCCGACGGCACAACCAUUGGUUUUUUGUUUUCCAGAGAGGGCGGCGAUCUCGAAAACCGGCACCUUUACCUGUGCUCGACAAGCACCCUCAAGUCAUUCAACUUUUUCCAAAUUGUCAACCGCACGGUGCCAGACGACGACUACAACCCGCCUACUCGUUUUGAUUUUGCGGGAGAUUCGUUUUCGUGCGUCUUUAUGAGUGAGUACUGCGGUCGGGUCAUCAUUUCGUACCUCAAGCUGGGCGAGCACAGGAAGCCCGUCGUCAUCUUUGAUCGAGGCACCGCGGCAGACUAUUACCCCAUGCUGGAAGGCGACUGGAGCAGGCUACUCGUCUCUAGCAGCACCUUUGUCGACAGCAGUAUCUGGCAGGUUGUCGAUGUGGGCGAGCAAAAGAUUGUCCGCACGAUCUCGUCAUCGACGUACAACGGCAAAAGGUUUGGUCUGCACACCGGCAUGGUCUCUGAGUUUUGGUUCGAGGGCUCCGAGGAUACGCUUAUGCAUUCCUUCAUGGUGCGUCCUGCAGACUUUGACGAUGAAAAGACGUAUCCCUGGAUUCUGGCACUCCAUGGCGGUCCCGAGGGCGCGUGGACGGAUGGGUGGAAGCAGCAGUUUCACGCAGCGGCGUGGGCUGAACAGGGCUACGUCGUGGUGCUGCCAAACAUAACUGGCAGUACUGGGUUUGGCACCAAGUUUCGAGACAAUGUGCGCGGUUCGUGGGGCGGACGUCCUGUGGACGAUGUCAGUCAGCUCAUCAAGCAUCUGGAAACUGUACCAUAUCUCGACCAAAACAAGGCAGUAAUUCAAGGCGCAAGCUUCGGAGCGUACCUGAUAAGCUGCCUCUUCAGCCACGAAAUCAUUACCAAGUUUUGCGGCGCCAUCUGGCACGACGGAAUCUUCAGCCUGCCGACCUGGCUCAUGCAGACGGACCAGAUUGUCAACGAUGGCAGUUUUGGCGAGAGCACGUUUCCGUGGACACAGCCCGAGAACCUCGAGCGGUUCAACCCGGCCCGGCCGGAAAGACUGGUCAAGUUUCGCAACGCGCCGCCGACGCUCGUGACAACUGGCGACAGGGAUUACCGGUCGCCGACGACGGAGGCACUAGCCAUGUUCAAGACGCUACAAGCUCAAGGCGUGCCCAGCGCGCUUCUCACGUUUUCGGACGAGGGCCACUGGAUUACUGGACGGGAUGAGAAUUCGCUGCGCUGGUACCGUACGGCCUUUGAGUGGGCUCACGACUGUGUUGCUGGGAAGAUUAAGCGUGGUGACAUAGAUUAUUGA